AAGCUCACUUGAUGGCGCUAGCAAGCAAGGCAACAGCAAAAGAAGAGGAGCUCGAAGGGCUAGCGGCGGUUGACUUUGAGGCCGCCUCGCACCGAUCCGCGGAUCGCUCCUCCCCCAAAUCCCAAUCGCGCUCCCUCGCCCGUCGCCCGUCGCCGCGCCUUCCUCUACCCCGUACCACCGCCGAAACCCUAGACCCUCGUCGCAUCCGUCCUCGGCGGCUAGAUCGGCGCACGCAUUCAUCUCCGGCCCGGCUGACGCUUCUUCCCUGGCUCGAUUCGCGACCCAGUUGGGCCGAUUUGGAUCAGCAGCGGCCCGGCCCUCUUCUUAGCCCAAUUCCAACAAACCCCCACUCGCCGCCAGCCUCGUCGGCCGCCAGCGGCGGAGCUCUCCCCCCUCCGGAUACUCUUUCGAGCUUUCUUGGUGAAUACAAUCUUGUUUCUAGUCAUGGCGAAGCAGGCCUACGCGACGAGCAGCCUCGUGAUAGGAUAUGCACUCUGCUCGAGCUUGCUCGCGAUCAUCAACAAGUAUGCCAUCACCAAGUUCAGCUACCCUGGCCUCCUCACUGCCCUGCAGUACUUGACAUCAGUGGCUGGUGUCUGGACCCUCGGAAAGCUCGGACUCCUCUACCAUGAUCCCUUCAACCUCCAGACCGCAAAGAAGUUUGCGCCGGCUGCACUUGUGUUCUACCUUGCCAUCUUCACCAACACCCAUCUCCUGAAGCAUGCCAAUGUGGAUACCUUCAUAGUGUUCAGAUCGUUGACCCCGCUUUUGGUCGCCAUCGCUGAUACUGCCUUCAGGAAGCAGCCAUGUCCUUCCAAGCUCACAUUUGUGUCCCUUGUCACUAUUUUGGGAGGCGCUGUUGGUUACGUGAUGACAGAUUCGGGGUUCAGCCUCACAGCCUACUCAUGGGCAGUCGCUUAUCUGGUGACUAUAACAACUGAGAUGGUGUACAUCAAGCACAUGGUUACAAAGUUGGGCCUGAAUACAUGGGGUUUCGUGCUCUACAACAAUCUUCUCUCGCUGAUAAUUGCUCCUGUAUUUUGGUUUUUGACUGGAGAGCACUUGUCAGUCUUCAGAGCCAUUGAAUCAAGGGGCCAGAGUUGGUUUGAACUUGAUGCCUUUGUGGCAGUUUCCUUGUCCUGUGUGUUUGGGCUGCUCAUUAGCUUCUUUGGUUUCGCAGCAAGGAAAGCAAUCUCCGCCACGGCUUUUACAGUAACAGGUGUUGUCAACAAGUUUCUCACAGUUGCAAUCAAUGUUAUGAUCUGGGAUAAGCAUGCGAGUUCAUUUGGUCUGGUUUGCUUGCUCUUCACUCUGGCUGGCGGGGUACUCUAUCAGCAAUCAGUUACAUUAAAAGGGAAUUCUUCAGUGCAGCGUGAGGCUGUAGCUAAGCAAGGGAAGGCUGAUAAUGAUACAGCUGAGUUAGAUGAGGAGAAGCAAAGCUUGGUAUCAUCUCCAAAGGACUCUAAUGUCUGAAGGCUGAACUACAAUAUUUCCAGCAUAUAUGCAGUUUUGUUCUUUUGUUUGGAUAUGCAUCGGAUGCUUCAAGAUUAUCAUAAUCAUAUCCCAUAGGAAAUUCAAGAGGUAGUAUUGUUGUUGUAGCAUGGUACCUGCACUCACAUUACAGUUACACUUUUACUUCAAAACUUAGAUGUGUUCAUGUUCCCUGUUGUUCUCUAAAUUACUCAUGUGGUUUUUAUAGGAUAACAUGUUUUCUUCAUGAAAGUGUCAUACCUAUUUCUGUUUUUCUAGGUGUUCUAUUGCUUAUGGGAUAGCUUAGUGCUCCCUCAUCAACAUACAGCUGUAAUGGUUAAUCAUUUCCAUCUUAGAAAAAUCUCAAGCUAAUAGAAGAGUGAGUUAGGUACUUAGGUUUAUGGUAUUACUUUGAAAACGCAAACAUGAAUACAACAUUAGCUUGUCAAUGAUAAUGCAAGAAGACACCAUCUCCUUUCUGACAUUGUAUACCUAUUGGAGUGAUGAUGCUUUUCGGACAAUUUUAA